ACUCCCCAGACCUCCAGCGCUGUUUCUUUCAGCUCAGUGGUCUGGGAAUGGACCCUGUCAUCAUACUGGGGGGAUUCUCGUCUUUCUAUACCCUCUACCCUUUCCUGUGCACACCACGAAUGGUCCUGCUCGAACAUGAGAGGCACACUCUCACCAUCUACCCCUCCGAGAUCCUGGAAGAGGCUCUCUACCAGGGCUCUGCCACGCAGGCCUCCGACUACCGCAUCAUCAAGAAUUUACAAAUCACACAUGUGGUCAAUGCCACUGCCAACUGCACUGACGCUUUCCCCAACAUGUUGUGCUACCUGCGGCUGCGUCUGAGUGAUGAUGCCCAGCAGGACCUGGUACAGGCACUGCCACUGGCAUCCAGGUUCAUCAGCACGGCCCUGAAGGCUGAGCCAGCUGGCCGUGUUCUGGUCCACUGCAGUAUGGGCAGAAGUCGCAGCUCGGCACUAACACUGGCCUUCCUCAUGCAGCACCACCGCUGGACUCUUCUUCAUGCCGUGCGCUGGUUGAAGGAGAGGAGGGCAUGCACGGCACCCAACGUGAACUUCCUGCGUCAGCUGUUGACCUAUGAGGAGCAGCUGUUUGGAAGCAGACUCACGACCCUUGACGACAUUCGCAGAUGAAUGGAGAUGAAUUUGAAUGGAUUUGAACAUGCACACUGAGAGAAAGUCUGUCAUUUUUUUACAAUUUACAUUCUAAAGAAGUGUAACAUAAGCUGAGACUGAGUAAAUAGAGGUGGAGUCUGUCCUAGAAGACUCUGACACCA